GAUAAAUAGACCGAGGACGGCAGCGGCAGUCGGUCCGCCGCGGGCCAUGAGAUCCAGUGGAGGCUGGAAUGAGAAGCAGGCGAGACGUCGCCUCGCGCUUCUGGGAGCACCCUCGAGGAGUAUAAGAUGGCGCAGCUGUUUAAAUUCGAGAAGUCCACGACGCCAGGAAGCUCUUAGUAGUCGGAUGGGCGUUGUCGAUCGAUUCCAUCGAUCGUUCGCCCAAAAGCUGCAAUUGCAGGAAUCCGUAGCGCCGAGCAGGAAGGUGGAAUGCCGGACUACGAUCCUGGACGAGGAGCUGGACCGAUGAGAAGGACUACGGGGUCUGCCGCAGAGGCUAGGCCUCGGCGGUUCGGUCCAGGAGGACUGCCGACCGAAGGCGCGGAUCCAGCUCCGAAACCUUGGCCAUGGGCUCCAUGGGCGGCGCUCGUCAUAUGCGUGUGCUUUUUGUGUCUCCAGCUUUACCCGGCUACUCAUUUCAGACACCCCAGAGAUCCAACUCGCACCUGGCAGCGAAUCCAGCGGGCUGACGACAUUGAGCUAGCUGAUGGCGGCGACAUUGGGCUCACGCUGGACGAAGUUCGACGUCAGUGGGAUCCAGAAUUUACUGGCGGAGGAGAUUCAAGCUUCAGUCCUCCCGGUCCCACGGAACAGACCGAUCGAUCGACCACUCGACAGAUAGAAAGUACAGACGAGUUGUCGAGCAGCCACAGCAAUCACGCUUUCAAGUGGAGAAAGGAGGACCGACAAAUUCAUGUCUUCAUUUCUUCAGACGAGAAGGAUCUCAGGCCCCUGGCCGUUGUGAUCAAUUCAACGCUCAAGAAUGCCAGGCAUCCAGGGCGAAUCGUGUUCCACCUAAUUAUCCCUACGAGUGAGAACAACAUUGAGUACUACAAGCUGAAGGCGUUUUUUCCGUCGGCUUCGAUUGACGUGUUCAGGGGAGUCUUCGAUUAUGAACAUGUGUCACAUCUUAUCCGCUACCGAAACGACAGUUUCACCAGAGAAGAGCUGACUUCCCCGUACAAUUUCAUACCAUACUAUCUGCCUCAGCUCUACGAGAAUAUCGAAUUGAUGAUAUAUCUCGACUCGGACGUGGUUGUCAAGGGGGAUAUAGAGGAGCUGUACAUGAAAAACCUCCAUGGGCAUCCAGCGGCCGCAGUCGAGGACUGCUCUCAAGAAUUCAGAGGCUACUUCGACUUCGACCAGCUCAACGCCAUCCGCGAGAGAGAAGCGGGAAACCAGUGGUUACCUUCGGAACCCUUCGAGGAGCAGACCUGCGUUUUCAACAGAGGCGUUUUGGUCAUCAACGCCACACGGUGGUCCGAACUGAACGUCACUGGCGCGAUCGAAUGGUGGAUGGGAGAGUAUGACAAGGCAGAGAAACCUCUUUACAGAUAUGGGCUGUCACAGCCACCGUUCCUGCUGGCACUCUACAAGAAUUACGAGAAGUUGGAACAUGCAUGGAACAAUCGGGGGCUUGGUCGUGAUAAGCUGAGCAAAUUAGAGCAGGAAUAUUUUGCCGCGCGGUACAAACAUAAACCGGAUCAAAAACCUUUCUUGUCCUUGGAAAGUGAUUUUGCCAAAAUUUUGCACUUCAACGGGAAAUACAAGCCGUGGAAGAGAGGUCGUACGAGGCUGCCUACGGAGGAGGUUUUAUCAUUAUGCGGAGAAGAGGGGCAAGAAUGUUACAAGCUUUGGUGGGAGUAUCUCUCCCCGGAAGCCCAUAAAGCUUUCGGACUUUCUUCUUCUAGGGAGUAAUUCCAUCUUCAGUAGAAUAUGAUGGAUCUCAGGGAUCCAAGGAGAUGUAUGCCCCCAUCCUAUAGAGUGUUUCCUGUACAUUUGAAAUCAGAGGUCUGCACAGGUUUGCAAGUUAGACUUGAUUUUCAGCUCGAGUUUAUAUUUCAGUUUACGAGGUAGACGAGAAACAAUGAAGUGACAGGGAUCAAAUCAACUGCUUGUCCGUCUUAUGUCUUAUACCGUGCACGGUCAAAUUGCCAGCUGAAAAUCAGA